AGGGUGAGAGAGGAGAAAAGCUAACUGUACCAAAGCUGGAUGGUCCUAUUUGCACUGCUGCUGCCUGUACCAAUGAAGACACACGCCUUUACUUACCACAGGAAGACAGCAAAUGAGGUGAGAGGUCGUUCGGCAGAAGAGGCCGGUUGACGCGCCAGUAAUGCCGUGCCACAGAACGAGCCCUUCUCCAGACUCAUCUUUCUCCGAGGAGGCCCAUGUGACCUAGUCUGCGCACACCCCCGGGGGAGUGCAGGCGUCUGCUGGGACGUGCCGAUGAGUUCUGCUCCGGACCGCGGCAAGGAAUGCCUCCCUCCGAAAAAGAGGGAGUCCAGGCAGGGCUCGUCCGAGCAGCAGACCGCCGACGAAUUCAAGCCACCCGCGCCCAUCAGAAGCCGCCUGGGGGUGAGGCAGGCAGAGUGCAAAGAGCCGGCCGACAGGCCUCCGUCGAUCUUGCGCUACGGCAGGGACUUCCACCCGUCCCCGCCCCCGGCUCCGCCCCUGCCGGCGCACAAGUUCGCCCUCCCCUGGCCACUGUCAUACCCAGCGGCAACGCCGAACCCCUUCAUGCCCAGCCAGAUGGGAGAAAGGUGCAUGCCCGGCUCGCCAGCGUGGCGAGACCAGUGCGCCAGAGGCACAGAGCCCGGCGACCCAGGCGCCCAUCAUUCCAGGUGGCAACGUGGCGAGGUGACCCACAUCACACCGCACCCCGCUGGGGCCACAGCCUACAAGAGCCCUUUCCCCGGGGGCGACUCCCGGGAAAUGUGGACCUACAUCAACACGGGUAAGCGGGACUUCAGCCCCUCCCUGUUCUCCCAUGCACCCCUCUUCCCCCAGCCUGUGUCCUACACAAAAGACCUCCCGGACACCAGGAGGAGCUACUCUUCAAAGAGGCCAAACGGGUUUGACCGAAUGGACGGUAGGCAUGCGCCCACUGGAAGGCUGUCGGCUGGUGAGGAUUACAUGUACGACAGUAAGGUGAAGCAUGCCGGCUCACACACCAAUGGAAAGAGGAGGUACCAGGACGAUCCAAGGUCCCUGGAAAGGGCGCCAUCUAAGGACGGCCACGGGCUGGAGGGCCCAAAUGCACAUUCCUCACAACAGGAUAAGGGCCCUCGCAUGAUGCUCAAGGCCCCUCCCCCCCAUGCUUCUGAUGUAAAGACCUUCAAAGUUCCCCUGGACACCCUAAACAUGGCUGGUUCCCCAGGGGAGGCACAGAUCUAUUAUGCAUUGGGGCCUGUGUACCCUGGCCUACAACAGCCUCCACUAGCGUACCCCCUGUACAGUGCCCAAGGCCAGACCCCUAUCCUCCCUCUCUAUGGGCUGCAGACAGAAGCACCUCACCCCCUGAGAAACUCACCGCUAUCUCCUUUGGUGGAGACAAUCACCCCAGGCCAGCCCAACAGCCACAGCCCAGACCAAAACCCCACGUUCAGAGCACCCCCCCGUCUCUCCAGCCCCUCCCCUGGAGGGUACCGCUCACCGGCUGCCGCCACAGCAACUGCCCCGCAACGUGGACCUUCCUCCAGCUCCCCGCCAGCCCCCCAGCCCCCUGUCCUCCUACCUCACUUCGCCAAGGGCUCCCUGAUCGAGCUCAGCGGCGGGCGGCUGAAGAGGGUAGAGGAGCUGCAGACAGAGGACUUCCUGCUCUGCGCCGACACCAGCCCGGAGUUCCACCUGAGCUCCUGCACCAUCCUACUUAUCUCCCCCUCUCCCGCUCCCGGCUUCUCCCACCUGCAGGUCCUGCUGACCGACCGUAACACUCAGGAGUUACUCAAAGUCUUAGUGGAAUACCCGUUCUUUGUCCGCGACCGAGGCUGGUCUUCGUGCUGCCCACAGAGAACUGCCCAGCUGUAUGGGCUCCGCUGCCGGCAGCUCAGCGUGGGAGACGUGUGCCUGGCCCUCACGCCCGCGCCCUCCACCUCGGCGGCCGGCGCGGCCCUGUGCAACCACUCCAAGGCUCCGGAAGCAGGACUCAGGGCUCAGCGCACACACAGCAGGGCCGCGUCAGAGACCAGCACACAGAGAGCAGGCAAGAUGCCCCCUCCGAGCACCCCUCCCGCUCCCCCUUCAGCCCCCGCCCCUCCCCCCACAACAGAGCCAUCAUCACAGGGGCGCAAGAGGCGCUGGUCAGCUCCCGACCUCCUCGGGGCCGACGGGUUCCCCCAAGAUUUACCUCACAGCUCCAAACAUGGGGUGCAACAGUAG